AUGGCAGCUAUCAAGACGCAAGAAUGCUUUGCCUCGCACGGCCUGAAGCACAACGUUACCAAGACACACGGAGGCUCAGAAGUCCACAGCUACACGUCCGACCUAGGUUCCGAUUCUGCUAUACUGACCCUGAUCCACGGCUGGCCGCAGUCGGCAUAUGAGUGGCGUUAUCUUGUCCCGCUUUUGAACAACAAAAUUUCACUCUUUGUCCCUGAGCUUCCAGGCUACGGCAUCUCGACUCCUCAAAAGCAGAACGACAAGGGUGCCAUCGGGGCCACGCUCCUCGAAGCGCUUGUCGGUGUCUUUGGCCCUAAUCGCCGCGUCAUUCUCGGCGGCCACGACCGCGGUGGCCACAUCUGCCAUCGCCUAGCAGUUGACGUGGACCGAUACCCAAUCAAGGCUCUCGGGACUAUCAUACUCGAAGUUGUGCCGAUCUCAGUGCAGUGGCGGGUGUGCAACAAUCCGAAAGUCGCUAGUCAGCUGUUUCAUUGGCCCUUUAUGGCAAACGUCGAAACGGCUGUGGGCAUGAUCCAGUCGUAUGGCGCUGCUAAAUGGAUCAGAAGCGCAAACGAGCGUGUCGCAGGACCAUCAGAAAUUGGAAAGGCUAGGGUAGCGGCUGACAACGCUAAUGACAUCUAUGCAGAGCUUCUCUCGAGCGAGGAAGCUACCAGAUAUACCUGCGAGGACUACCGGGCUGGAGCACAAGAGGAUGUUACUGAGGAGGAAAGUGAUCAACAGGCUGGCCGCAAGAUUAACAUACCGACCUUGGUCGUUUACAGUAAGUCGCGAUUUGGUGACACCAUGGAUUGUGAGGCUGAAUGGCGGGAAUGGGUGGCUGAUGGCGUCGACUAUGAGUGCGUUGGUGUUGGUGAUGAGAGGGGCCAUUAUCUGCCAGAAGAAGCGUACGAGGUAAUCGACGAGCUUAUGACUAAAUUCGUCAACAAGCUAGCGCCCUGA